GCGGCAGCGGCGCGGGCGGGAAGCGGCGGGGGGCGCCGGGACCGCCCCGCCUCCCUUCGGCGCUCCGGCGGCGGCCGGCGCAGGACAAUGGAAGAGGCGGCAACGGCAGUAGUGGCGGCGGCGGGGGGGCCCUGCCCGGCAGAUCGAACGGGGGCGGCGGUGAGCGGGGAGAACGAGGCCGAGAGCCGGCAGGGCCCGGCGGAGCGCGGCGGGGAGGUGGCCCCGCUCAACCUGUUGGACACUUGCGGCGUGUGCGGGCAGUCCAUCCAGAGCCGACGGCCCAAGCUGCUGCCCUGCCUCCACUCGGUCUGCCUCCGUUGCUUGCCGCAGCCCGAGCGCUACCUCAUGCUGCCCCCCGCUAUCCCCUCCUCGGCCGCCGGCACCCCCAAGGAGCCGCUGCCGCCGGCUCCCCCCUCCUCGCCCGGCUCUUCGCCGGCUUCACCUCUUCACUGUACGCCCGUCGGUGUUAUCCGCUGUCCAAUUUGUGGUCAGGAAUAUGCAGAGAGACACAUCAUAGAUAACUUUUUUGUGAAGGAUACCACAGAGGUUCCCAGUAGCACAGUAGAGAAAUCAAAUCAGGUCUGCACAAGCUGUGAAGACAAUGCAGAAGCUAAUGGUUUUUGCGUGGAAUGUGUAGAAUGGUUGUGCAAGACCUGCAUCAGAGCUCACCAGAGGGUUAAAUUCACAAAGGAUCAUACUGUCAGACAGAAAGAGGAAGUACCUCCAGAGGCAGUUGGUGUGACCAGUCAGCGACCAGUGUUUUGCCCAUAUCACAAAAAAGAGCAGUUGAAGUUGUACUGUGAAACCUGCGAUAAGUUGACCUGUCGAGACUGUCAGUUACUAGAACACAAAGAGCACAGGUACCAGUUUAUAGAAGAAGCUUUUCAGAACCAGAAAGUGAUCAUUGAAACACUAAUUACCAAGUUGAUGGAGAAGACGAAGUACAUCAAAUAUACAGGGAAGCAGAUUCAAAACAGAAUUCUUGAAGUGAAUCAGAAUCAAAAGCAAGUGGAACAGGAUAUUAAAGUUGCCAUAUUUACAUUGAUGGUAGAAAUAAAUAAAAAAGGAAAAGCUCUGCUACAUCAAUUGGAGACUCUGGCAAAAGAACAUCGGAUGAAACUUCUUCAGCAACAACAGGAAGUGGCAGGUCUCUCUAAACAGCUGGAACAUGUCAUGAACUUUUCCAAAUGGGCAGUUUCCAGUGGGAGCAGCACAGCACUACUAUACAGCAAACGCCUGAUUACAUAUCGACUACGAUAUCUUCUUCGAGCAAGGUGUGAUGCUUCACCAGUGACUAAUAAUACCAUCCAGUUUCACUGUGAUCCUAGCUUCUGGGCUCAAAAUAUUUUCAAUCUAGGUUCUUUGGUAAUUGAAGAUAAGGAGACCCCACCACAUAUGCCCAAAAGCCCUGUAAUGGAAACAAACUUACAGCCACCAGGAAGCUUACCUUCAAACCAACUGUCCAAGUUCCCAACACAGAUAAGCUUAGCUCAGCUCCGGCUCCAGCACAUGCAGCAGCAGGUCAUGGCUCAGAGACAGCAAGCUCAGCGUAGAGCAGGCCCAGUGAGUUUACCAAACCCAAGAAUGCCAGGUGCCAUGCAGCAACCUCCUGCUUCUCAUCAGGCACCUCCUCGCUUGAUUCAUUUUCAGAGUCAUAGCCCCAAGUCCAAUGGUUCAGCUCUUCCUGUACAACAGAUGAGAUUUCCCCAAAAUCAAAACCUACCAAGGCAAGCAAUAAAGCCCAACCCAUUGCAAAUGGCAUUCUUGGCACAGCAAGCUAUAAAACAGUGGCAGAUUGGUAGUGGACAAACUUCAACUGCUCUGUCAACUGCAAGCAGCACAACAUCUACUCCAUCCAGCCCCACGGUCACUAGUGCUGUAGGAUGUGAUGGGAAGACCUACGGUCCCCCAGUGAUAGAUUUGAGUUCUCCAGUGGGUAGCUCCUACAAUCUACCAUCUCUUCCUGAUAUUGAUUGUUCAGGAAACAUCACACUGGAUAAUGCUGUAAGGAAGGAUGGCACUGCAGAGCAGAAUCAGCCAAAACCUCCUUCAAACAGAACUGUGCAGUCACCAAAUUCAUCGGUACCAUCACCAGGUCUCUCAGGAGGAGUCAGUGUGACAAAUAUACACCCUCCAAUUCGUUCACCCAGUGCCUCCAGUGUUGGGAGCAGAGAGAGUUCUGGCUCCUCCAGCAGGCCACCAGGAGCUGAUUCUACACACAAAGUUCCUGUUGUUAUGCUGGAGCCGAUCAGGAUUAAACAGGAGUCAAGCGCGCCAAAUGAGAACUUUGAUUUCCCGAUUGUCGUAGUGAAGCAAGAAUCAGAUGAGGACUCCCGGCCUCGAAAUACCACCUUUUCAAGAAGCAUACUGACUUCGUUGCUGUUAGAUAGCAAUCAUAAUUCCACUUCUGAUGAGACUGUUGUAAGAACAGAUGCACCAGACAGCACAGAUGAUCAGCCAGGGAUACUGCAGGAGAACACAUCCAGUGGGAAGACAGGAUGGAUAGGCCCGUCCCACAUUGGGGAGGGCAGAAAAGAGGAUGAUCCCAAUGAAGAUUGGUGUGCAGUAUGUCAAAAUGGAGGGGAACUCCUUUGCUGUGAGAAGUGUCCCAAAGUGUUCCAUCUUUCUUGUCAUGUCCCUACAUUGAUGAGCUUCCCAAGUGGAGAGUGGAUUUGUACAUUCUGUCGGGAUUUGUCCAAGCCAGAAGUUGAAUAUGACUGUGAUAAACCCACUAACAUCUCUGAGAAAAGGAAAUUGGAAGACAGUGUGGGUUUGGCGCCAAUAGACCGUAGGAAGUGUGAAAGACUGCUGCUAUACCUAUACUGCCAUGAAAUGAGCCUUGCAUUUCAGGAUCCAGUUCCUCCCACAGUUCCCGAUUACUACAAAAUAAUCAAAAAGCCUAUGGACUUGUCAACCAUCAAGAAAAGACUUGAAGUGACCAAUUCCUUCUACACAAAGCCGGAAGAUUUUGUGGCUGAUUUCAGACUGAUUUUCCAAAACUGUGCUGAAUUUAACGAGCCUGAUUCGGAAGUGGCUGAUGCCGGCAUGAAACUUGAAGCAUACUUUGAAGAACUUUUAAGUAACCUUUAUCCCGAGAGAAAGUUCCCUGUACAACCCAACUGCCAGAGUGAAAAAGAUAAUCUGGAACUUACUGAUGACUCAGAUGAUGACUUUGUACAGCCGCGGAAAAAACGCCUCAAAGGAGAAGACCGUCAGUUGCUGAAAUGAGCCACAGGUGUUACUAUGGGACAAGUUUUGAAAGCUAAGAAUAUUUAUCCCUGUUAAUUGUGAAAAGGGGGGGAAUAAAAAGACUGCUCUGACUUGUAGGUUUGUGAAUAUUUACUAGACUUUCUACCCCUCAUCUGAAACUCAAAUCAAAUGGAGGUCAAAGCACGUGGAGAACUUCUCGGAAGUUCUAAACUUUCAUCGUAUUUCUGGAGCAGCACAGAAAUUGCCAUUUGUGUGGGGCGACAGCUGUUUAACUUUAUACUUGGAGGAAGAAAACAAGUUUGUAUAGAAUCGAACUUUAAAACAUUACAUGGGUUCAACAUGUGGCUUUCUCAGUUUGAAGAAAAUGUGACCUUUUUUUAAUUUUACCAAAGGCAUGUGGCAGGCCAUAAUUUGAUUUCUUUGUACUGUAUUCAACACAAGCCAUGAAAACAGAUGGUGUAAUAUUAUUGUCCUGCAAUACUGACUGGUACAAUGAAAGUGUAGUUGCCCCAAAGAAGUUAUUGGUAAUUUUAAAAUGUAAGGGAGAGUAUAUUAAAAAUAACUUGGAAAAAAAAGGGGGAUUUGUUUGAGAGUUUUUAAUGGAGUAAGUAAAGGGCAGAAUACUUUUUGACUUAUUUUUCUCACCACCAGCAAGAAAAGUGAUGUGCCUCUGCUGUUUUGUUUAACAGGUGUUUUAAGUUUGAUGUAACUCCGUUUAAUGGAAUUGAUGGCAAGGUCUUGAGGGGAAUAAUGUUUGCUUGCAACUGUCAGUCAGUCUUUGUGUAUGUCUAGAAAGGGGGAAAAAACAUCCUUUCUCUCCACAAGCUUGUGUUUUUUUUCCAAAUUUCUAAAUAUGUUGUCAAAAUGCAACCAGCAUCGUUACUCACUUGGAAGUACACAAGUCUGAAGAGGCAAAGAGAAAAAACCCUAGGGACUGCUCUUCAGCCCUUUGUGUAUCCCUGUUAAAAUCACCAGAAGGUGAGGACAAAUUACAUUUUUUUCUUCUGUCUGUGUUCCAGAGACGCUGACAACAAUAUAGAUGGUUGUUUCUUCCCUCAGAGAUUGCAGAGGUAGAGAAGUACUUGUCUAUGGUUGCUCCAGCUAUUGGUGUAUACUCUUCGACUAUGUGAUCUUAAAUGAAAAGUGAGUUUUCAGGAGAACAGGCGGAUUAAUUGAACUCUGAUUGUGCCAGAAUUUUGCAGAUGGAAUUGGGAAGACAUCUGAGUGUCCACAAGCCUGCUUGUGCUGCUGUGGAUAGAUCACUGAAGAGACUAGAUAAAAGUGCUGCUUGUGCCUCCCUGCUGUGUACAUAUGCACUCAGAAAAGGGCCUCUUCUUUGCCUCUCACCAGAUGAGAUACGACUCACCUAUCUUUGUCAUAGUGUGGCACCGCACACAUAAAUGUAGUGGAGACUUCAGAGAAGCACUCGUGUUUACAGCAGGCCUUUGAGAUGGCUUUUGAGAUGCCAUGAUCAUGUGAUUGGUUUUUAAGCUGCCCUGAGUAACCAUUUAUUUUGCCUUUUUGGGGGAUGUUCUGUUUGUGUUUUGUUUUUUGUGGAAAGUUUUUAUUACUAGAAGGGAGUUGCUUGUAGCAGGAGUUUUACCAUCCUAGAGUAUCAGAAAAAAAGGAAGGUAAGUAAAGGAGCAGAACAGGAUGGUCAGGGGGAGCAUUCUAAUAACAUGGUGAACAGUAGACACUACAGUAGCACAGACUUAAGAAAUAAGAGGCUCUGCCAUGGCAACAUUUGAAGUCCUAAAGUUCUAGCAAUGCUUAGAAGUCCUAGAUACCCAGCCACCAAGUUUAACAGUAGAUCCCAGAGGAAGAUGCUGUGUGUUUCUCCAGACUCUUAAGUUGCAAGCACAAGAUUUAAUAGGAGCCUUAGUGCAUUUAGAGGUCAAGUUAGACACCUAUAGUGCUUCACACUCUUGUCCCGGUGGAAGAUGCUGGGGAGAGGACUGUAGAUGUACUCCUGCAGUCCAAUGACUUAUCUGUCUGCUGUAAACUGUUUGAAAAUGUUUCUGUUUAAAUAAUUCACUGGAAACAUCUGACUCAACUUUCAUUUUGUGGUCUUGAAUUCAUCACCCUAAGAAUCUUCAGGAAUUGUUACAUCAAUGAGGUUUGAGCUGUGAAAUGUAACGACUCUCAUGCAGAUGGUAUAUGCACAAAUAGUUGAGGAAUGCUAUUUUGUUUUUAAAAGAAAGCGCUGUAUUCUUUCAAGAUGCUGUGGCAAAGACCAGACCUGCUUUGUGUUUUUUGCCUCCUUUGCCUUGAUUCACUGAAUGGUGGCUGAUUUCCUCUCUUUGUUUUGGAGAGGAUUUUUGGGGGGGAUGUCACAACUAAUAGCAAUAGUAGUUAAAGAGUCUUCUCACUUCACAGGACAGACAGAAUCUAUUUAUUGAAUUGUAAGAAAGGGAGUGUCCUUAAGAAAUUUGUCAUUUGUCUGUACAAAUCAAUCUUGCACUGUUCAGUUGCAAUUUUUAAUGGAAGUGGUGUGGAGAAGCAAUCAACGUCAAAUGCGGCUCACAGCAAAUGACAAACACCAAAGGUUUGGUUUUCUUUCCUACCCAGUCCAACAUCAAACAUUCACUCUCAUUUUACUUGCUAAAAAGGGAAAAGGAAAAAAUACAUGAAAGUUAAUAAAAUGCACAUGAAAACCAACAGAAGGGGGAAAUAAUACGCAUUUGGAUGUGUCCAAAAGGUACCACCUCUCCCUGACUGCUUUGAGAGUGGGCUGAUGCUAUCCUAAUAAACAAGAGUAGAUAUACUUUUUAAAUGUCAUUGUCUAGAUUUCACAAAAGGUUACUUAACACUUAUUUUUGGUUAGUUGGUUCAUUUAGGCCUAGCUUUAAAGAGCACAUCUUCUGCCCACAGCCUCGGGACUGAAGUAUUGCCAUGUUAAAAAGAGGUUUUACAUCCUGUAUUUAAAUCCUUGCAUGGAUUGGAUGGCUCUAAUGUGUGAAGCCCUCAGAGAAUUAUGUUCAACAGUCGUGAUUCAUCAGUCUUCAAAUGACUACAUACACAAAUGUAAUCUCUGAAGUGACCGCAAGAUAAGAGUCAGCAAGUUGAAUUUAAGAUCUACUGGUGGCUUCUCUGAGCACACAACUAAUUCUGCAGUUCUUUAUUUUUCCAUCCUUUUGACUUGUGCAGGUACAGGCCAGCAGCUGGCGCUUCUGACUCUUUGCAGAAAGGAGAAUAAUGCUAUUGAGUAGCUCCCCACGAAAAGGAGGGAACCCCUUAUCUCCCGUUUAUCUUGAUCACUGUUAGACAAAGUUAAUCCAACUAUAGCUGAAUCAAAGCUUUCUUUUUAGAUCUAAAGCAGUUUUAAUGAAGUGUUUUGCUUAGUAAUUAUUGUAAGUGCAACCGUUUGAAGGCCUAAGUGUCUUUCUGACCUCUGUGGGCGCUGAAUUUCACCCACAAGGGAAGAAUGAGUUGCUUUGUCCACUUCCUUACUUAAACUCUGGAUAUUUUUUUUCCCCACAGUCAUUUACAGAAUAUCAUAUAGAUACAUUAAAUGCGUAAAAACAUAAAAGACAAAUUAUUCUAAAAGACCAGCAUUUAAAGAAGCAAGCAAUGGUUAAUAUGUUGUUUUCCUGAAAACCCUAAGGCUAACUGUCCCAUGCACCUUUGAGAACCCUUAGAAGAUGUGACCUAAUGAAGUUAAAUGUGUAUAUAUGUAAUGUGUUUCUAUAUAUGUUUUUUUAUAAAGUGUGUUUCUGAAGACCACUAAAAAAACAGUUUGAUCAA